CCGGAAGGUCGCAGCAACUGCAUGCGUUUUCUGCCUCACGCAUACUGUGUAUAUAGCCUUGCAACAGCCGUGAGGACUUCGCUCUUAUUCAAUGUUGUUUUUUGCUCAUCAUGUCUGAAUCUUCUAAAGGCAGUGACGCGGUGAAUACAUUUCGCAAAGCCUGGGUUGCUAGUACUGCUGACAGCAACCUAACGCUUCACGGCUUCCGUAGGUUCAAGACUACACACCUGCUGAAUCUGCGCUUUCUCGAGAACGAAGUCGCUGAAAUAGACCGAAGGUUGUAUCAAGCCGGCCUCAGCUUAGGCCUCGACCACUCAACGACUGAUCGACUCGGACUUAAGCAUUGCAAACGAGAUACCGAGAGCCCUGAAGUAGACGACAUCAUCAAUGAUGAAUCGAUGAUGAAACUACGCCAUACUUUAAAGCAGUACGACGAAGCACUUGCCAGCUUCAACAACAUCAUGAGCAUGGAGACUUUCUCGCUCCUUGACGAUGAGCAGCAGUCUAGUUUGCGAGAUGAUAUCUGCCUACACGAGAAACACAAGACUCGCUUGCUCAGGGUAGAUCUUGGGACUCGAGCGCGGACGGAUCCCUUCCAACGCUGGCUUCAUCGGUAUCUCCGCGCUUUUCGGUACUGGAGGCUUUCCACAAAGUCACUUAGCGACAGUGAGGGCCGGGGGUCGAUCGCCAAAUCUACCCGAUGGUCGCGUCAGAACACAGUGCUGAUCGCGGAGAUGAUUGGGCGGGUGACAACCGCGGUGUUAACAGCAGUCUUUCUCAUCGUUCCGUUGGCUAUAAUGUCACACCAGUCGUCGAAGAAUACCCAACUUAUAGUAAUUUCGGCCUGUAUCCUCAUUCUUGCAUUCCUCAUGUCGUUCUUUCUGAGGGUGUCGAGCUUCGAAAUGAUGGCUGUUACGGCUGCAUACGCUGCGGUCUUGUCGGUCUUUGUUUCCAAUGUACCGCCUUGAAACAAGAAUAUGACUUUCAUACGGAAACUGAGGCGUUGUCAGAGUGUGGAAGACAUGCAGAUGAUGCGCGGGCCAUUAGGGAUACAUGCGCGGAAUGAUGUGUGGGAAUUUAGGGUUCUACAGUAUCGUAUUAUGUUGUCAACUAGGCUGUCUAGAUACCUUCAGCUGCGCCAUCAGGUGGAAAUUAGGAUUGCACAAGGCUACAAGAUAUACUUAACACGUAGGUGUAGUAAUGCGUCAGGUAAGGUACUUUUGGGGUCCGCGCAGACAUUAGGGCUCUGCUAGGAACGACGAACGUGUUGCUCAC